GUUUGCUUGCGUGACCAAAAGAAAGGACCCCCUUGCUGAGCCUUCUCCUUCCUUCUGUUCUCUUUCAGAUCUGAAACCCAAUCCAUGCUUUAGUCUCCAGAUAGUUUGGCAGUCAAAACCGCACAAAACAACUUCUGGGCUGUCUUGGUUUUUUUGUUUUCUGUUUGAAAACAGGAAAAAGAAACAAAGGGAAGUGAGAUGGGUUUGGUGGGUGUCCAAGAAAACGGUAAUGGGGAAAUGGGGUCGUCUGUUGUUUCAUUGGGGAGUAAGAAUAAAUACCGGAGGAUGGACUCUCAGCUCACUGAGGAUUGUGAUGAUGCUUCACUCCACCAUCAUCAAGAGGACAGGAGUAAGAGUAUCAGGAAAUUUGUUUUUGCCUCCGCCGUCUUUGCUUCUCUCAACUCUGUUCUUCUUGGCUAUGAUGUAGGGGUCAUGAGUGGAGCAAUUAUAUUUAUUCAAGAAGAUCUAAAGAUAACUGAGGUACAGGAAGAAAUACUUAUUGGGAUUUUGAGUGUUGUUUCACUUUUUGGAAGUUUAGCUGGUGGUAGAACAUCAGAUGCUAUUGGCAGAAAAUGGACAAUGGCCUUAGCUGCUGUUAUCUUUCAAAUAGGUGCUGCUGUAAUGACUCUUGCUCACUCAUUCGAAGUAUUAAUGUUUGGAAGACUCCUGGCUGGGGUUGGAAUUGGGUUCGGAGUCAUGAUUGCUCCUGUUUAUAUUGCUGAGAUAUCACCCACCAUUUCAAGAGGUUCACUAACCUCAUUCCCAGAGAUUUUUAUAAACAUCGGGAUUCUACUUGGUUACGUCUCAAACUAUGUGUUUUCUGGCCUUCCAGCACACAUAAAUUGGAGAAUAAUGCUUGGUGUGGGAAUUCUGCCAUCAGUCUUCAUUGGGUUUGCACUUUUCAUAAUUCCUGAGUCACCAAGGUGGUUGGUGAUGCAGAAUCGAAUUGAUGAAGCGAGAUCAGUGUUGCUGAAAACUAAUGAAAAUGAGGGAGAGGUGGAGGAGAGACUUGCAGAGAUACAAUUAGCUGCUGGAAUGACUAAUGGCGAGAAGUACGAAGAGAAAGCCGUGUGGCGCGAACUGUUGAGCCCGUCUCCGGCACUUGGCCGGAUGCUGGUCACUGGUUUCGGAAUCCAGUGUUUCCAACAGAUCACAGGAAUAGAUGCCACUGUGUAUUACAGUCCUGAAAUCUUCAAACAAGCUGGGGUUGAGGGGAACACAAAUCUCCUUGCAGCUACUGUUGCUGUGGGUGUCACAAAGACUGUUUUUAUAUUGGUUGCUAUUCUUCUUAUUGACAAACUGGGUAGGAAGCCUUUGCUCUAUGUGAGCACAAUUGGAAUGACUAUUUGUUUGUUCACUUUGGGACUCUCUCUCUCCUUACUGGGGCAAGGACAGGUUGGUGUUGCCUUGUCAAUUCUUUCCGUUUGUGGGAAUGUAGCUUUCUUUUCAGUUGGAAUUGGCCCUAUUUGCUGGGUUGUAACAUCUGAAAUCUUCCCUUUAAGAUUGCGUGCCCAAGCAGCUGCUCUUGGGGCAGUGGCUAAUAGGGUGUGCAGUGGCCUGGUUGCCAUGUCUUUCCUCUCUGUUUCCGACGCAAUUACAAUGGGCGGAAGCUUCUUCACCUUUUCUGCUUUUUCUGCUCUUUCUGUUCUCUUUAUCUAUAGACUUGUUCCAGAAACUAGAGGAAAAUCAUUGGAGCAGAUUGAGUUGCUAUUUCAGAGUGAACAUGAAUGGCAAGGGAGGGAGGUGGAGCUGGGAGACGUUGAGCAUCUUGUGCAGAAAGAAUGACUGGUUUGAGGAGGUUUACAAGAUGAGCCACUUCCAGGUCUGAUGACUAACUGGUUUGAAUGAGAAUGCUGAAUGGUUUCCAGGUGAUCAAUCUGUUCACAUAACUACUGUUGAAAAUAAUUGUUGGAAAUAGAAUGCGGGAUAUUCGGAAUCAGAAGAAAGUAGUGCAGAAAUGAGAAAACUGUGUGGGAAUAACUGAGAUCGAACAGUAAGGCGAGUUUUGAUUUAUCUUUUUGACAAAUAUUCUCCCACUUAUAUAAUAAGUUUUGUAAUGGGAACACAAUAAUUUCGUCCUCACGAAAUAGUAUUGCCCGAAUAUAGUGUGUACAUUGCAAAUUCUGAACAUUAUUUUGAGCAAGAAAUGUGUAACAGCAGAAGAGAGGAAGAAAAAAAGAAGAAAAAAGAGUAGUAGUUCGAAUUUCUGAAAUCAUUCUUGUAUAUAGAAUCAAAAUAUGACAGUUAGAAUUGCAAUUGUAUGGGUUUAAAAAAUUGUAUGCCAAGUGUGCCUAAAACACCAAUGCAACGCGUGCGGUGGUGAUAGUGAUACCACGAGCAUGUGUCUACCCAAAAAUCAAUUUAGAUUUAGUGAAAGACAAUCUCUUAUAAAGCACAACAAGUUCUUCUAACUUUUCAAUUUGGAACAAAGAGAAAUGCACUAACAGGGACGAAUCAAAAGGAGGGCUGGAGCUCCUGCCCAUAAGAGUUUUUGGCUCCGUCUCUGUACACAAACGGAUGAAUAGUUGAAAAUUUAAGAAAAUGAAGGAAAUGUUUAGCAAAAGCUUAUUUUAUUGAAAUAAUCAAAUAGCUUUACUGGGUUAAUUCUUGCAGAAUGUGGGUUUUCAAAGAGAACCUUUGCUGGCAUGAAGUAGUCUGUGUGUCAAGAAAGAUUCAGUACUCUUCCUUCAGUUAGCACCCGGAGGGUGCACAUACGAUCUUAUUUGAUAUAUUCUUGUUGGUCUAGUGAAGAGCAGACCGGAACUUACCUGAGUUGUACAUGUACUCUUAUUCAAUUGGUUUACUUUACUGCUGUCAUUUUGUAAAUUACUAAAUCUCCAGUUUGCAGU